AUGUCGAGGAUAUCUUCGUCCGGAAUUCGCUGCUCGAUCUUUACGCGUCCGGAGGUGGGGGAGAUGGCGCUUUGCCGCCGGAUGUUCGACGAAAUGCCCCGCAGAGACGUCGUGUCGUGGACCGUCCUCAUCACCAGGUACAGGAAGGUUAGGAGGUUCGGCGACGUCUUGAUGGCGUUCGAGCGGAUGUUGUUGCCCGAGUUAGACCCGAAUCGGGUCACGAUGGUGAAUGUGUUGGCCGCUUGUUCGAGCGGUCGCGAGCUCGGAAUGGGCAUGUGGGUGCAUGAUUUUGUGAGGAGACGGUGUUGGGAAUUGGAUGCGACUCUGGGGACUGCUUUGGUCAAUAUGUACAUGAGAUGUAGGAGAGUUGAUGAUGGAUUGAAAGCUUUCCAUAGCGUAAAGGAGAAGAGUGUUUUGACCUGUGUAAACGCCUAA